ACCCAUGGUCCACAAACACAGAUUCUCUCUCCUCCUUACCUUUGGAAAUGCCGGACCGAGAGCACUACUACUGACGCCAUAAAAAAAUGGCGACCACCAUGCUGCCGUCCCCGUCUCUGCCUCCUACUCCCCGCGGCGUCUUAUCGCCGCGCUGCUCACUGCAGGCCCCGACCCACGCGCACCGGGUGCCGGACGGGGCAUCCCGGAGGCGGCAUGCCCCGGUGCAGCGCGCCCGACCCGAGGCCGCGGCGUACGCGCGGGAGAUAGGCGCCUGCGUGCGUGCGCGGCGCUGGGGCGCGGCAUGCGAGGCGUUCGCGGCCAUGCGCGCCGCCGGGGCCGCGCCGGACAGGUUCCUCCUCCCGCAGGUGCUCCGGGCCUGCGCCGGGGCGGACGCGCCCCGCCUCGCCGCCGCCGCGCACGCGCUCGCCGCCAAGGGCGGGCCCGCGCUCGCCGACGACGCCGUGGUAGGGAACGCUAUCGUCGCCAUGUACGCGGCGCUCGGGGACGUCCGCGCCGCGCGUGCAGCGUUCGAGUCGCUCCCCGAACGCGACGUCGUGGCAUGGACGGCUCUCGUGGGCGCCUACGCCAACGCCGGGGAGCUGGGCGAGGCCUUCCAGCUGUUUGAAUCGAUGCAGGCCAGUGGCGUGCGGCCUGACGUGAUUUCGUGGAACACCCUCGUCUCCGGCUUCGCGAGAAAUGGUGAUAUUGGUGCUGCGCUCGAUCUAUUUGACGAAAUGCGACUGAGGGGUGUCAAGCCACGGGUCAGUUCUUGGAACUGCAUCAUCUCUGGCUGUGUGCAGAAUGCGCGCUAUGAUGAGGCUUUGGGCAUCUUCCUGGAGAUGUGCGAGACUGAGAUGCCCGAUGCAGUCACUAUUGCUAGUAUACUCCCUGCUUGCACUGGCUUGAUGGCACUGGGCCUUGGAAAGCAGCUGCAUUCUUAUGCUGUACGUUGUGGUAUCAAAUUAAAUGUCUACAUUGGUUCUUCUUUGAUUGGCAUGUACUCCGAGUGCAGAGAGUUUGCUUAUGCCACAAGCGUGUUCGCCGCCAUUGAUGGGGAGAGGAAUGUCACUGUAUGGAAUGAGUUGAUUCAAUCAUAUAUCUGUGAUGGGAGGAUGGACAAAGCGUGUGAAGCCUUUAACUUGAUGCAGCAGGAUGGAUUGAAGCCUGACACUGUCACAUAUAACAAUUUCAUCGCUGCAUAUGCUAGAGCAGGUCAGAAAGAACUAGCAAAUGAACUGUUGUCAGGCAUGAUGAAUGUCAGCUUGAAGCCUAAUGUGGUAUCAAUGAAUGCUUUAAUAUCCGGUUUGCAUCAGUUUGGCCUCUGUGCUGAUGCACUGGAAGUUUUCAGAUACAUGCAGCUCCUAAACAGCGGAGAUGCAAAGCGUUGGACAUUUCUGGAUAAUAGCAACCCCAUCCAACCAAAUGGUACUACAGUUACUAGUGUCCUCUCACUGUUGACAGACCUCAAGUUAGAUCGUCUCGGGAAGGAAGUACACUGCUAUGCUCUAAGGAAUGGUCUGACGUCAAACAUAUUUGUUUCCAGCAAAUUGGUUGACCUUUAUGGUAAAACUGGUGAUAUGGUAUCUGCUGCUAAUGUCUUCCAGGGAAUCAGUAAUAAGAAUGUUGUCACUUGGAACAGUCUGCUAGCAGCUUACAAACAUAAUAGGAAGCCAGAAGUUGUUUUGAAACUAUUCUGUGAAAUGCUCGAGUCUAAUUUACUUCCUAACUUGGUUACAGUGCAGAUAGCGCUUUUGUCUUCUGGUAUGACGAUGGCAUCAGGGUAUGGGAGAGAACUGCAUGGUUUCAUACAGAAAAACUGGCCUGAUGGUUAUCCAGUCACUCUUGCAAGUGCGCUAAUAGAUAUGUAUGGGAAAUGUGGUAAGGUUGAGGAUGCUAGACUGGCUUUUGAGCGCAGUGUUGAAAAGGAUGUAGCAGUAUGGAAUGCAAUGAUGAGUUGCUACUUGCUUCAUAGGAUGCCUAGAGAUAUUAAAAGAUUGUUCGAAAUACUUGAACAAUCUAGAACUCGGCCAGAUCCUGUUACUUUCAUCUUACUUCUUUCAGCUUGUAAGCAAGAAGGUUCCAUGGUGGAAGCUCGGAGCUAUUUCUACAAUAUGGAAGAUUUGUAUGGCAUAAAACCAAGUUUAAAACACUACACUUGCAUGGUUGACAUCAUGGGAACAGCUGGUUUAUUGGAGGAGUCACUAGAACUUAUCCAGAAGAUGCCAGUUGAGCCGGAUGCAUGCCUAUGGUCUACUGUUCUCAAAGCUUGUAAGCUUCACUCAGAUUUGGACGUUGCGGCUAAGGCUGCAAAAGCUCUUUUCGAGCUUGAACCAAAUAAUGCUUCAAACUACAUGUUGCUUUCCAAUAUAUAUGCGAACAGCGGCUUUUGGGAUUCCACUGAAUCUGUAAGAGAUGCCAUGACAGAGCACGGAUUGCACGUUGAGAGCCAGUGUAGCUGGCUAUAUCUUGGCACAAGUGUGGAUUCGUUUGAGGCUGGAGAUUUGUCCCAUCCUGCAUUUGAGGAUAUUUUGAGUACAUGGAAGGACUUGGCUAGUAGGAUGGCAGAGUCUGGGUAUGCUCCUCAAGACGAUGAGCCCUAUUGCAAUGUACAAGUUGAUCCAUUGUCGUGCCACCACACCGAGCGGAUUGCUGUGUGCUAUGGACUUAUUUCCAUGCGUGCCCAUGAACCGAUACGGGUCUCGAAGAAUUUCCGAAUGUGCAAGGAAUGCCAUUCCUCAAUCAAGUUCAUCUCAAGGGAUAAGAAGCGGGAGAUACUGAUUUCAGAUGGUUGCACCUAUCACCACUUCAGCGAUGGCUCGUGCAGCUGUGGGGACAUGUGGUAGAUGAAAGAGUCGGUCCGACGCGAGAAUGCUGGCUCAUAUGCCAUGGAAAAUUACAGCAAUAUGUGAUGCGGGCAACCCAUGAAACUGUCAGGAAAAGGAAGCCAUCUUUAACCCCUCCCCUGGGCUGCAAAUACGGUGUGCUUCAGGGGAGGUUGAAAGCCCGGAGCUCUUGCCAAGAUCUGAGGGGACAAGUUUGGCCAGAAUUAUGUUGCUGCAUGUUGAAGGAAGUGAAAAAAAAUAUAUGUAUUGUGCAGAUAUCCAGUAAGUAAAGCAUGUACAUGAACUUCAUGGGUGGUUCAUACUGCUGAUGGGUUGUUGGUGAUUGCGUCUGUUAUGUAAGCAUUUGUAUGACAUAGAUUUGUAGUUCAAGGAUUGUAGUGACUAGCCAUUAUGAAUCGAAAUGUUAGGCUGCCUGGAAUCAGCCAACUUUGUUGAAGAUCGAUUGUUCUUGCAUGCUGCAGUUGUGACGAGUGUCAGAGCUGUGGGGUGUUG